CCGGGGCGCUCUCGAAUGCGGCAGGACAAGCUGACCGGCUCCCUGAGGCGCGGAGGGAGAUGCCUGAAGCGGCAGGGUGGUGGCGGCGGCGGCGGCGGAGGCGUGGGCACCAUCCUGAGCAAUGUGCUCAAAAAGCGCAGCUGCAUUUCUCGGACCGCGCCCCGGCUGCUCUGCACCCUGGAGCCGGGAGUUGACACAAAGUUGAAGUUCACUCUUGAGCCAUCUUUAGGUCAAAAUGGUUUUCAGCAGUGGUAUGAUGCUCUCAAGGCAGUUGCCAGACUAUCAACAGGAAUACCGAAGGAAUGGAGGAGAAAGGUUUGGUUGACCUUGGCAGAUCAUUAUUUGCACAGUAUAGCUAUUGAUUGGGACAAAACCAUGCGCUUCACUUUCAAUGAAAGGAGUAAUCCUGAUGAUGACUCGAUGGGAAUUCAGAUAGUCAAGGAUCUUCACCGCACAGGCUGCAGUUCUUACUGUGGCCAGGAGGCUGAGCAGGACAGGGUUGUAUUAAAACGGGUCCUGUUGGCCUAUGCCCGAUGGAACAAGAAUGUUGGGUACUGCCAAGGCUUUAACAUCCUGGCCGCUCUAAUUCUGGAAGUAGUGGAAGGCAAUGAAGGGGAUGCACUGAAAAUUAUGAUUUACCUUAUUGAUAAGGUACUUCCUGAAAGCUAUUUUGUCAAUAAUCUCCGGGCUUUGUCUGUGGAUAUGGCUGUCUUCAGAGAUCUCUUGAGACUGAAACUCCCCGAAUUAUCUCAGCACCUGGAUACUCUUCAGAGAACUGCGAACAAGGAAAGUGGAGGUGGAUACGAGCCCCCACUUACGAAUGUCUUCACGAUGCAGUGGUUUCUGACUCUCUUUGCUACAUGCCUCCCUAACCAUACAGUCUUAAAAAUCUGGGAUUCAGUCUUCUUUGAAGGUUCAGAAAUCAUCUUGAGAGUGUCGCUGGCCAUCUGGGCAAAAUUGGGAGAGCAGAUAGAAUGCUGUGAGACAGCAGAUGAAUUCUACAGCACCAUGGGGCGCCUUACCCAGGAGAUGCUAGAGAAUGACCUUCUGGAAAGCCACGAACUCAUGCAGACUGUUUAUUCUAUGGCUCCAUUCCCUUUCCCACAAUUGGCAGAGUUGAGGGAAAAAUACACCUACAACAUUACACCAUUCCCAGCCACAGUUAAACCCACCUCAGUUUCUGGACGACAUGGUAAGGUCAGAGACAGUGAUGAGGAGAACGACCCAGACGAUGAAGAUGCUAUCGCUAAUGCAGUGGGGUGUCUUGGGCCUUUCAGUGGGCUCCUGGCACCUGAACUGCAGAAGUACCAAAAGCAAAUUAAAGAACCGAAUGAAGAGCAGAGCCUGCGGUCUAAUAACAUCGCGGAGCUGAGUCCAGGAGCAAUCAAUUCCUGUCGAAGUGAAUACCAUGCAGCUUUCAACAGUAUGAUGAUGGAACGCAUGACCACAGAUAUCAACGCGCUGAAGCGGCAGUAUUCUCGGAUUAAGAAGAAGCAGCAGCAGCAGGUGCAUCAGGUGUAUAUCAGGGCAGACAAAGGGCCAGUGACCAGCAUUCUCCCAUCUCAGGUAAACAACUCUCCAGUUAUCAACCACCUUCUUUUAGGAAAGAAGAUGAAAAUGUCAAACAGACCUGCCAAGAAUGCUGUCAUCCACGUCCCUGGUCACACAGGAGGCAAGAUGUCUCCUGUCCCCUAUGAAGACCUGAAGACGAAGCUCAAUUCCCCAUGGCGAACGCACAUCCGUGUCCACAAAAAGAACAUGACGAGGACCAAGAGUCAGCUGGGCUGUGGGGACACCGUGGGGCUGAUAGAGGAGCAGAAUGAGGGCUGCAGGGCUAACAGCCUGGGGGCAGCGGAGGCUUCCUCCAGGUGUGCGGCAGCAGCUGGGAGAGAGGGUCGUUGCUCCGAAGGCUGCACUGGGAGGACGAUCGAAGGGCAGUCUCCAGAGCCCGUGUUCGGGGAUGCCGAUGCUGAUGUGUCUGCGGUCCAGGUGAAGUUAGAAGCCUUGGAACUGAACCGGAGGGAUGCUGCUGCUGACCCUGAGCCCAAGGCACACCCACCCUGCCCGCAGCACUUCCCAGAGCUGCCUGAUGCCCCUGGUGAAACCAGAGCCCCCAGCAAACCUUCCCAGGGCAGCCACCUGAAAGCGCCCAUCUUUAGCCCUUUCCCCAGCGUCAAACCACUGCGGAAGUCAGCCACCGCCAGGAAUUUGGGACUGUAUGGUCCUACAGAAAGAACCCCAACCGUGCACUUUCCUCACAUGAGCAGGAGCUUCAGCAAAUCGGGUGGUGGAAACAGUAGCACUAAGAAACGAUGAUGGCCCUCAGAAACUGAAUCUAGAUUCACCUUCUCAUGGCCGUCUAAGGGGUCCAGCUGAAUGGCUCCAAAAGAGUUUUGACUGUCCAGUGAAAACGAAUAGAUAGUGAGAUGAACACCAGUCCGUGAAAAUGGGAACUGGAAGUUUUAUAAUGGGAGCUAGAAUGGGUAUGUUUUCCCCCACCCACCGAUAACGGAUCCAGUGAAUUCUUGUGGCAGAAUAAAUAUUGUAGUUUUAAAGUGUGAA